AGAGGGAGGGAGGGAGGGAUAAGCAGUCAUUAUUCAGACAAGGAAAUACAGGAGAAAGGACACCAAACACUUGCUUCCAUCGCCAUCGCUGGCAAGUCCGUUCUGCCCUGAGUCUGUCUGGCCAGAGCAUGAAGAGAGGAGAACACUGAGGGGAACUGACUCAGACUAAAAACACCCCAAACAAGAACAGAAACUGUGACUUGCUCACCCGUUGGUGUGUGUGUGUGGAGGGGGAGGUGUGUGAGUUUGAAGAAGACAUUCACCACGAUCCUGCCACCAUAGACAGCCCUGACAGAGGGAGAGGACAGACUGAGCGUCACCGUCAGAGAGGGAGGAGAGGAAGAGAGGAUGAGAAAGUCAUACAUGGGACCUGAGUUUUAAAUGGUGGCAGAAGGACUACGGAGACCGUGACUACGAACCCAAACCUAACUUAGCAUCUUUCAGGCCCUAGAUCUGAUUGGAUGGUUUUGUCAGAAUGACGGCCGAAGAUCCCGCCUCCUCCUCAGCCAUGAGCAGUAACUCCGCCCCCUCCAAGUCCUCUGGCCCCUCCCUUCUAUCUCUCCAGCGGCCAAUCCCGGUGCCAGAGGGCGUAGCGGGAGCCCCAAAUGAAGGCUCCCUAGUGGCACUGAUGGAGCGCACCGGCUACGGCAUGGUCCAGGAGAAUGGGCAGCGCAAGUACGGCCCCCCCCCAGGCUGGGCCGGUGCCUCGCCCCCCCGGGGCUGCGAGAUCUUCGUGGGGAAGAUCCCCCGGGACGUGUACGAGGACGAGCUGGUCCCCGUGUUCGAGUCCGUGGGCCGCAUCUACGAGAUGCGCCUGAUGAUGGACUUUGAUGGCAAGAAUCGCGGCUACGCCUUCGUCAUGUACACACAGAAACACGAGGCCAAGAGGGCUGUCCGCGAGCUCAACAACUACGAGGUUCGGCCGGGUCGGCUGCUGGGCGUGUGCUGCUCUGUCGACAACUGCCGCCUGUUCAUCGGCGGGAUCCCCAAGACCAAGAAGCGUGAGGAGAUCCUAGAGGAGGUCUCCAAGGUGACGGAAGGCGUUCUGGACGUGAUUGUGUACGCCAGCGCCGCGGACAAGAUGAAGAACCGCGGCUUUGCCUUCGUGGAGUACGAGUCUCACCGUGCAGCCGCCAUGGCGCGCAGGAAGCUAAUGCCCGGACGCAUCCAGCUGUGGGGACACCAGAUCGCUGUGGACUGGGCGGAGCCAGAGAUCGACGUGGACGAGGAUGUCAUGGAGACGGUGAAGAUCUUGUACGUUCGGAACCUGAUGAUGGAGACCAGCGAGGAGACCCUCCGACAGGUGUUCAGCCAGUGGAACCCGGGCUGUGUGGAACGCGUUAAGAAGAUCCGCGACUACGCUUUCGUCCACUUCUCUUCUCGCGACGAUGCCGUCCUGGCCAUGGAACACCUGAACAACACGGAAGUGGAGGGCUCCUGCAUCGAGGUAACGCUGGCCAAGCCCGUGGACAAGGAGCAGUACACACGCUACCAGAAGGCGUCCAAGGGGGGCGCUGCGGCAGCCGUGACAGCUGCUCCGGAAGCGCCUCAGCAGAACUAUGUGUACCAGUGCGACCCCUACACCCUGGCCUACUACGGCUACCCCUACAGCACACUCAUAGGACCCAACAGGGAAUACUUCGUCAAAGGAGGCCCAAUGAUACAGACCAAUGCAGGUACGGUACGAGGCCGUGGCCGGGCCGCAACCGCUAGCCGUACGCCCGGUCCGCGGGGGUCCUACCUGGGAGGCUACUCUGCCGGCCGUGGCAUCUACAGCCGCUACCACGAGGGCAAGACCAAGCCAUCUGACAAACCCUACGAGCUGGUACCGGGCCUGGAGCUGGCAGCCUCCGUCAACCCGGUCGGCAUUAAACCCGGCACAAUGGCCCUGCCGGCGCUGGGGGGACAGUACCCGGUGUUCCCUUCCAAGCUGCUGGAGGAGGGCAAGAUGCACGCGGUGGAGCACCUGAUGAACCCCCUAGCCCUGCAGCAUGAACAUGCCAAUGCUCCGCCCACUGUCAUGCCUGCCGUGUCCACACCCCCGCCCUUCCAGGGCCGUCCCAUCACCCCUGUCUACACCAUGACCCCCAGCAUGCAGCGUCUCCCCGGGGCGGGCCUGUAUGGCGGCUACAUCCCCGUCUCCAGCUACAACACAGCGGCUCUGGCCGCGCUGCAGAAGAACGCUGCCAUGGCGGCCUACGGGGGCUAUGCCGGCUACGCCGUCCCCCAGACCUUCCCCCCCGCCACCUUCCAGCUGCCGCUGCACGACGUCUACCAGACGUACUAGACCGCCACGCAGCUGAGAGGUUUCCACCUACAGCUACCUUCUAACCCUAACUGUCCUUCUAACUGACCUUCUAACUGUCCAACGUAAAGAACAAAACAUCAAUGUUUCGAUAGUGUCGCCACAUCCUAAACGUCUCACUGGGGGGGGGGCGCUACACCCACGCUAAACCGGUUUUAUGUUUAUUCACUCGACUUUGACCCCUGACCUACUGUCCCCUAGCAUCCAUGACCUUGUCUAACUUUCUGACAGACAUGUGACAGCAUGACUGACCCCUGACCUCCACAUAGCUGUGAUGGUCGUGAUUGUGAACCACGUCUCAGAGCAGGGCUGACCCUCACUAACCCUAACCCUGACCCUCACUAACCCUAACCCUCACAAACCCUAACCCUUACUAACCCUGACCCUCACUAAC